AGCUUCGAAGUUCAAGGUAGCUUUAACCAUUUCUUGUGCACAGAAAGAGCAGUCGCCGGUGAAAAGUCUCAUCUUUUUGGGGGUUUUUUCCUCACCGCCGUUCAAAUCUCUGCCCGGAGUUCACCGGCACUUCUCUCUUCUCCGAGAGGGUUUGAUUUCUUUAUCGCCUCUGUUUCUCGGAGAUACUGGCGAUGGGAGACGAAAAUCCACCGAUUGUGAUGGCCAACCGAGAAAGAGAUCGAGAGCUUCUGAUUCCCGUCGCUGAUUCCGGCGAAAAAGACGACGGUUCAACUUCGAAGCCGUCUUCCUCUUCCUCUUCUUCUCCGCAUCAAGCUAGCCACGAGACUUUAAGCUUGUUCAUUAGGGGUUGGGCGUCGAAGAAGUUCAUGACUGGCUGUGUUAUCCUACUUCCUAUUGCAAUUACUUUCUAUAUAACAUGGUGGUUUAUUCACUUUGUUGAUGGAUUCUUCUCUCCGAUAUAUGCGCAACUUGGAAUCAACAUAUUUGGUUUUGGUUUUUUGACGUCCAUUGCAUUCAUCUUCUUGGUCGGGGUGUUCAUGUCCUCGUGGUUGGGGGCAUCGGUUUUGAACCUUGGGGAGUGGUUUAUCAAGCGGAUGCCAUUUGUUCGUCACAUCUACAAUGCCUCCAAGCAAAUCAGCACUGCCAUAUCUCCUGAUCAAAAUACACAAGCUUUCAAGGAAGUUGCAAUCAUCAGGCAUCCACGUAUAGGCGAAUACGCAUUUGGGUUUAUUACAUCAACUGUUGUUCUUCAGAAUUACCCAACCGAAGAGGAACUUUGCUGUGUUUACGUUCCCACGAAUCACCUUUACAUUGGGGAUAUACUACUUGUCAACAGCAAUGAUGUUAUCAGGCCAAAUCUCUCUGUCCGGGAAGGAAUAGAGAUUGUUGUUUCGGGUGGAAUGUCAAUGCCGCAAAUUCUAUCGACGCUAGAUAAACCGUUGGCCUCGAUCGACAGAUCUACAAGCAUAUAGUUUCCUUCAGAAGAAGACUUUCUGGUUUACAAAAGUGUAUGAGGAUGAGUGUGUCUCUUCAGUCUUCAAUUUCGACAUUGUUGUAACAUUCCAUUUGUGUUUACAAAAGUGCAUAAUGUAAGCUAGGUCUCUCCCUUCUUAGAUAUGAAUCUUUAUUUUCUUGAAAAACCAUUGAGAGUUAUAUAUAUAUAUAUAUACCGUUAGAAAAAAAAAAAAAA